AGGAGGGAGGGCUGCCGGGCCGCUGUUUGUUGUCAUCCCAAGAUGGAGUUUCUGCUGGGGAACCCGUUCAGCACCCCGGUGGGGCAGAGCCUCGAAAAGGCCACAGAUGGUUCUCUACAGAGCGAAGACUGGACGCUUAACAUGGAGAUCUGUGACAUUAUCAAUGAGACAGAAGAAGGUCCAAAGGAUGCCAUUCGAGCGCUGAAGAAGAGGCUGAAUGGAAACAAAAAUUACAGAGAGGUCAUGCUGGCUCUAACGGUGUUGGAGACCUGUGUGAAGAACUGUGGCCAUCGCUUUCAUGUCUUAGUGGCAAACCGUGACUUCAUAGAUGGUGUGCUGGUGAAAAUCAUCUCGCCCAAGAAUAAUCCCCCCACCAUUGUGCAGGAUAAAGUACUCGCACUGAUUCAGGCCUGGGCUGAUGCCUUUCGAAGUAGCCCUGAUUUAACUGGAGUAGUGCACAUUUAUGAAGAACUUAAGAGGAAAGGCAUAGAGUUUCCCAUGGCUGAUCUUGAUGCUUUAUCUCCAAUACACACACCACAGAGGAGCGUUCCUGAAGUUGAUCCUGCAGCAAAUAUGCACAAUUCACAGUCUCAGCAAAGGAUGAGCACCAGUUCUUAUUCUUCACCUUCUCCAACGGCGUAUUCUGCUCCUCAAGCUCCAGCUCUGAAUGUGACUGGCCCCAUCACUGCCAAUUCUGAACAGAUUGCCCGGCUGCGCAGUGAACUGGAUAUUGUUCGUGGGAAUACCAAAGUGAUGUCUGAAAUGCUGACAGAAAUGGUUCCUGGACAAGAGGAUUCUUCAGACCUUGAAUUACUCCAGGAGUUGAACCGAACCUGUAGAGCCAUGCAGCAGAGAAUCGUGGAGCUUAUCUCACGGGUGUCCAAUGAAGAAGUCACAGAGGAGCUGCUGCAUGUGAAUGAUGAUUUAAAUAACGUCUUCCUCAGAUAUGAAAGGUUUGAACGAUACCGAUCCGGACGUUCCACACAAAAUGCCAGCAACGGAGUCCUGAAUGAGGUGACAGAAGAUAACUUAAUAGAUUUGGGUCCUGGCUCUCCAGCUGUAGUGAGCCCUAUGGUUGCAAACUCAGCACCACCAUCAUCACUUUCUUCACAGCUUGCAGGGCUUGACUUGGGUACAAACAGUGUCAGUGGCACACUCAGCUCCCUGCAGCACUGUAACCCUCGCGAUGAUUUCGACAUGUUUGCACAGACAAGAGGCAGUUCCUUGGCUGAGCAACGAAAGAAUGUGACAUAUGAGGACCCACAGGCUGUCAAAGGACUGGCAUCCGCCCUGGAUGUUCGGAAACAGAACACAGGAGGGAUCCCUGUUGCACAGUCCUCUGUCAUGGAUGACAUUGAGGAGUGGCUCAGUACCGACGUGAAAGGAGAUGAACUGGAAGAAGGAGUGACCAGCGAAGAAUUCGACAAGUUUUUAGAAGAGCGAGCCAAAGCAGCGGAGAUGGUCCCCAACCUGCCGUCCCCUCCCCUGGAAGCCCCCACCCCUCCAACAAACCCUUCCAGCAGGAAAAAGCAGGAGCGCUCGGAGGAUGCCCUCUUUGCACUGUGAAGCUCGCAGUCCCACCCCGUGCUCUGCAGGAGAGCGUUGCUGUAUGGCCACCUCGUCCUCCCACAGCACUUGGCUAACAACAACCCUUUCCUCCCCAAAGUCUCAUAGGUUGCUUCUCCUUCUUCCCUUUCUCUCGCUCUCCAACAGUCCAUCCCCACAAGCCGACUCUUUCUGUUUAAGUCCAACACUCUUCCUGCCAGACCGCGAUUUUCCAGCGCUCGCUUAAUCCCCUCCUUCCUAUCCCAGCUGCACAAAACCAGCUCUUGAUGCUGAAAACCCCUUUCGAAUGCAUGACUGCAUCACACUGUGUUGAAACAAAAGCCCAGAGGGGAGAGAGCAGCCUUGCCCUUCAGUUGGCAUAGGGAUCAUCCUCUUCUGUAGGCAGGUCCUGCCAAGUCGACUGCUCUGUCGAUCAGCGUGUAAUUGACUGAGCUGGAAUGUGCAGGGGGAGCGUGUCUUUAUUUUUAGAUAAAAUGUUAAUGUAUUGGCUUUCGUGUCGGAUCCGACAGCAAGGAACAACUGUUCCCCUUUCAACAUGUGCUUCACAAGUUAAAAUCCUUUACUCUCCCUCUCACACAUCUCCCUGUACCAUAUGGCGGUCGCUUUUCCCCACUUUGUGCAGCGCUUCAUAUUCUUAAUCUCACAGGGUAUUUUUUUCCUUGUGUUUUAUCUGGGCUUGCUCUAAUUUGAAAGCAGUCUGUUGGCCGUGUCCAGUAGCUCUGGCAGUUGUCAGGAAUGAAAAACGCUGAGCUGAAUGGAUGCUGCAAUGUGAGCGGAUGAAGCAUUUUGCUCUUUGGGAGAGCAUUCUCACAGGAGGGUUUUCUCUAGCGUGUUUGCCUUCUAAAAUAGCGAGGUUAUUUUUUCCUUCCCUGAGAUUCCUUCUUCAGUGACUGCAGAGCUCUGCAUUUGUCUCAGCUGUUGUAAAUAGCGUCCUUGCAGAUGGAUGGGACUUGAUGAUGGACCGGGUGCAAACCGAGGUUCCUGGAUUCCCUGACGUAGCUGUUAGGGCUCUCGGUGCUAGUUGUGAUGGGAAGGGCAGCAAAGCUGCCAGAGGUGUCUGUGAGAAUGCCCAGAGUUAUCGUGGAAGGACUGGCUAUGGCUGUGCUGGAGGCGAAACCCCUCAUUUCCUUCUUGGCCUGAGAAUGUGGGGUGAUUUGACUGCGCUGGUCAUAAUCCCAAGCGUUUCUGGAGCGUCCUUCAACACCUCCGCCCCUUUGUCCGUCCCAGCCCCUAGAGGGCUGCAUUCCCCCCAGUCUGCAUGCCCAGCAUGUUCCCUGGGAGCAAACCGGAGGCACAGGGUGGCAGAGAGAAGCUCCUGGCCUGGCAGGGAGGCAGCUUAUCACAUGGACACCCCUCUCCUGGGCCUUGCCUUGCCCAGCCUGCUCCUUCUGGCCUGGACACUGAUACAUGUCAGGCUGGUGUGGGUGCAGCUCCGUCAGGCACUGUUCUAGACUGAGAGGCCAUGCUACAAACAGCUGAAAGGAAAGUGACAGCUUUUAUCUGGGCAUGGUAAUUUCAGCUCCUCAGAUGCUCUCCGAGGCACACCACGCUUUGGCAGCCUGUGAUGCACACUGUCUUUUCCCAAAUGGCUGAAUCACAGCACUGGUGCUUUUUGGGAGCUGUCACAUUUCAUCUGCAGAGGGAAGCUCUGUUUGGUGCAGGAUUUCCAGGCCACCCCAGGCCAGCUCUCUCUAUUUUGUCUUCUCUGUAGCUGUAACACAGCCAGGAUGGAGCAGCAUGCACUGCUGCUCUGACACGGGGUGAGCGCAGUGCUCAGGUGCUGCUUGCCAGGCACAUUGCUGCCAGUUCCUGCAGCACGUCAGCUGCAGCCACGGCUCCCAGGAACCCGAGGAUCCUUCUGUCGUGACGCUGCUUUGAUUUCAGGAGCGUCUGCUGAUCGCCUGAGCGCUCUCGCCUGCACAGAAUGAAUUGUUGGUAUUCCUGUCAAUGCAAAAAGCUCCGUGGGUGUUUGAAGCGUGGAUUUUCUCUUCUAAAUCCUUGAAACGCAUUGACCCUGUAAAUGGCCACAUCAGGUGAUUCUAAGCACGUUAAUCCAGCUUCCCUGCCAAGCCCCAGGAGAUAAUCGCAUUGCUCCAGCAUGGGGACGUGCUCGUGUGACGCUGAGCGGCAAUGACGGCACCGGCGCUGUUAGCACAGCUCUGCCGUGUCCCAGCUUCACCCCCAGCACCUGAGCAUAGCGGGGAGCUGCUCACCCUGCUGCUCCCGCUGAGCCUAUCCUGGGCCUUCCCGUUUUAGGGAGAAUCUGGAAGAGCUUGCAGAGCUGCCAGUGAUGAAUAGAGCAGAGUAGAGAAGCGAGAAGGUUGAGGCUGAAGGAGCGUGCGCUGGCACAACUCGCGGCAUUCUGUGCCCAUAGCGCCGUAAGGCGUGCUUUGCUCCCACGAGUUCUUUGCUGGGAAGUUGGGGCCCUACUCACGGGGUGCCACCAGCCGGGAGCAGGGCAGCCCCAGGGCAGUGCCUUCCUUGGGAGGGCUGAGCUGGGGCAGUGGUGGAGAGGCUUUUGGGGGAGGGGUCCCAGAGCGAGCUGUGCUGGAGCAAGGCGGGCAGGAAACGUGCAGGGUGCAGCCCCGGCCUGCCUGCACAGGUGGGACAGAUUCCUGUAUCAGGAUCUCUCAUCUUCUCCCUCCUCUUGCGGUCUGCUGAAAACCUGAGCAGUGGAAACCGAUCGGGAAAGGGGGAGGAGUUUUCGCAUUGGAGAGCGACCUCGGGAUUUCUUCCUUCGCUUUUCCUCCUCGAACAGGGAUGGAGCUGCAGGCAGAGCCGCUUCCGUGGGAAACCCCGGGCAGGCAGAGCUGCAGUGUGAUGCUGUGACACUAAAUUACUGCCGGGUCCUUCCUGAGUUCUAAUCAAACCCUGUUUAGGUUAAGGUAUUUAUUUUGUCGGUGUUUUGGGUUGUUUUUUUUUUCUUCUUUCCAGUGUGUUUUUAACCUCUUCUUUUAACCCCUCGUGUGCUGAGAUGUAAGAAAUGAAUGGUUUCUAUUUAAAUACAUCCUUUUGGUUUUUUUAA